UGGAUGGUGCCUGGGAAGCAUGGAGUGAAUGGUCAGUCUGCAGCCCUGAGUGUGAGCACAUGAGGAUCCGCGAAUGCACUUCUCCACCUCCACGGAAUGGUGGGAAAUUCUGUGAAGGCCCAAGCCAGGAAUCCGAGAACUGCACUGAAGGCCUUUGUAUACAAGACAGAAAACCUCUUCAUGAAAUAAAACCCCAAAACAUCGAAAAUGCAACAGACAUUGCCCUAUACUCAGGCCUAGGGGCUGCGGUCAUUGCCGUUGCGGUCAUUGUUAUUGGGGUGACUCUCUACAGGCGGAGCCAGAGUGAAUAUGGCGUGGAUGUGAUUGACUCCUCAGCUCUGACGGGAGGCUUCCAGACAUUUAAUUUUAAAACUGUCCGGCAAGGUAACUCCUUGCUUUUGAACUCAUCCAUGCAGCCUGACCUGACUGUCAGUAGGACCUACAGUGGACCCAUAUGCCUUCAAGAUCCCAUUGACAAGGAGCUGAUGACAGAAUCUUCCCUCUUCAACCCUUUGUCUGAUAUUAAAGUCAAAGUUCAGAGUUCAUUUAUGGUGUCGUUGGGUGUGACAGAACAUUCUGAAUAUCAUGGGAAAACUCAUUCUGGAACAUUUCCACAUGACAAUAACAAAACCUUCAAUCCUAUGCAUGCAAAGAACAAAACCGCAUACAUCCAGAAUCUCUCAACACUUUCAAAGCAAAGUGAGAUGAGGGCUACCAGUGUAUUUGGUCAUCUGGGAGGGCGUUUAGGAAUCCCCAAUACAGGAGUUAGCCUGCUAAUUCCACAUGGGGCUAUCCCUGAAGAAACGUCUUGGGAGAUCUACCUUGCAAUCAACCAAGAUGAGUCAAGCCUUCAGCUGGAAGGCAGUGAAAUCCUCCUUGGUCCAGAAGUGACUUGCGGUCCUAUAGAAGUGAUGGUCUCCACCCCAUUUGCCUUGACAAUCCCGCAUUGUGCAGAUGUGAACUCUGAGCAUUGGAAUAUCCAUUUGAAAAAAAGAAAGCAUCCAGGCAAAUGGGAGGAAGUGAUGUCUGUAGAGGACGAAACCACUUCCUGUUACUGCCUCCUGGACCCAUAUGCUUGUCACAUCCUUUUGGACUCCUUUGGAACUUAUGCUCUCAUUGGGGAGCCGCUGACUGAUUGUUCUGUUAAAGAACUGAAAGUAGCCGUCUUUGGCUGUAUGUCUUGCAACUCACUGGAUUACAGUCUAAGAGUGUAUUGUGUGGACAACACUCCUUAUGCGUUUCAGGAUGUGAUUUCAGGUGAAAGACACCAGGGAGGACAGUUGCUGGAAGAACCAAAGCUGCUGCAUUUCAAAGGGAAUACUUUCAGCCUUCAGAUCUCUGUCCUCGAUAUUCCCCCUUUUCUCUGGAGAAUCAAACCAUUCACAGCAUGUCAGGAAGUUCCUUUCUCUCGUGUGUGGCGCAACAACAAGCAGCCACUUCACUGUGCCUUUUCCCUGGAGCGCUACACUCCUGCCACCACACAACUCUCAUGCAAAAUCUGUGUCAGACAAGUCAAAGGCCAUGAACAGAUCCUACAGAUCCAGACAUCAAUUCUAGAGAAUGAAAGGGAAACAAUCACUUUUUUUUCACACGAUGACAACAGCUUUCCCGUUCAGAUGGGCCCACAAGCCUUUAAGAUACCCUACUCUAUCAGACAGAGAAUAUGUGCAACUUUUGACACUCCCAGCGCCAAAGGCAAAGACUGGCAGAUGUUAGCACAAAAAAACAGCAUCAACAGGAAUUUGUCUUACUUUGCUACCCACCACAGCCCCUCUGCUGUCAUUUUGGACUUAUGGGAAGCCAGACACCAGCACGACGGUGAUUUAGACUCUCUAGCCUGUGCUCUGGAAGAGAUAGGAAGGACACAGCCCCAAAUCUCUAAGCUUACAGAAACUCAGAUUGAGGAAUCCAACUUCAGCUACAGCAGACAAAAUGGACUUUAGCCAUCACUUUUCUUUCAGAGAGUCAAGAUCUAGCUUGCACUUGAUGGAGUUCCUGUUAGCAGGGAAGAAGCCACAUGUCCUGAUUUCAUCACAUGCCUUUGCACCUCCCGAUUUUCACUCAGUGGGUCACCUCCUUCUGCCCUCAAGCCAGGUCCCAUUUGGAGGAACAGAAGAAGCUGGUA